AUGAAGAUUCAAUGGCAUAUCAAAACAAUCAAUCUGGAGCAUAAUCAUGGUCCUCUUGUAGCUCCUGGAUCUAUCCUCCAGCUGCUGCUAACAACUAUCAUUGAUUCUCCUCCUGAAAUCUUUAUCAGUGAUCGAGAUAGAGCACUGAUAUCUGCCAUUGCUAAAGUUCUUCCAUUAAUACUCCAUGUUUAUUGUCUUCACCAUCUGAAAGGAAAUAUUGUGCAAAAGUUAUGGCCAAUCCUAGGAGGUGACUGGAAAAACUUUCAGACCAACUUUUGGAAGGUUUACAGAGCAGAUGAAAUAUAUAUCACUGUGUUCACUUGUGGUGUCUAUACAAAUGGACAUAUCAAACCACUUGAAAGUCUGAGAACUUCUCUGAAGCAGCUCUUUAACACUCUUUGUAAGCACACUGAAGCUCAAUCAGAGCAAAAUAACACUCAUGUUCAUGAGUUAUCUCAAUAUCAAAAGGAUAAGCCAAUUGAAAGUAUCUUUCUGAAACCUCUUCAAAUAUUACAUGAGCAUAUAGUUCCAUAUGCCCUGCAUAUGUGCUUUAAGCAGAUGGAGCUCAGCAUCAUUAUACAUCUUCUCCAUAUCCAACAUCUUGGCAGAACAGAUGCUACACACUAUCUUGCUGUUUUAUCUGAUGGAAAACAUAUAUGCAACUGCUAUAUGCUCCUCAAUCUUGGUAUACCCUGCUGGCAUUUCUUUCAGGCCUUGGCAACUUGCAUCUGGGGAUUGUAUUUUAGUAUUGGGCUCAUUUGUGCAUAG